AUGGCGGCCGAACUUGCACCCGGAAAAUGGGAAUUACAAAGUUCCGAGAAUUUUGACGAGUAUAUGAAAGCUGUCGGGGUUGGGAUGGCAAAGCGUUUAAUAGGAAACCAAGCGAAACCAACCGUGGAAAUCUCCAUCGUCGACGGGGUGUGGCGCAUAACCACAAGUUCGGCGCUGACCAAGGUCGAGGUCUCCUUUAAGAUCGGGGAGGAGUUUGAGGAAACAACACCAGACGGUCGAAAGGUCAAGACGAUAUCGAGAAUAGAGGGAAACAAGCUGAUCCAAGAACAGAAGGGAGAAGUUGACACCCAUGUGGAGAGGCAGUUCUCCAAGGACAACUUUGUCUUGACGCUGAAAGCAAAGGAUGUCGUCUGCACAAGGGUUUACAAAAGGGUUUAA